AUGUCUGCAUCAAGACUGUUCCGUCCUGCAAGAAGACUGUUGUCACAGCGAACUACUGUGUCAUCCUCUAUAAGACCUUCCUUUAGGAGAGUUGCACCAGCCUCCAUCCCCUCAGUAAGGAGCUAUGCUUCGGAAUCCAACCAGACAUUUACUGUCCGUGAUGCUCUCAACGAAGCCCUUGCCGAAGAGCUCGAGCAAGACGAUAAGGUGUUCAUUCUAGGAGAAGAGGUCGCUCAAUACAAUGGCGCAUACAAGGUCACCAAAGGUUUGCUCGACCGAUUUGGUCCUAAGCGAGUCAUUGACACCCCCAUCACCGAGUCCGGCUUCUGCGGCUUGGCUGUCGGUGCUGCACUAGCAGGUCUCCAUCCUGUGUGCGAGUUUAUGACCUUCAACUUUGCAAUGCAAGCCAUCGAUCAAAUUAUCAACUCCGCAGCAAAGACGCACUACAUGUCCGGUGGCAUUCAGCCAUGCCCAAUUGUUUUCCGCGGACCGAAUGGUUUCGCCGCUGGUGUUGCUGCACAGCAUUCACAAGACUAUUCGGCCUGGUAUGGCAGCAUCCCUGGUUUGAAAGUCGUGACACCCUGGAGCGCAGAGGAUGCCAAGGGCCUUCUCAAAGCUGCUAUUCGCGACCCCAACCCUGUAGUCGUGUUGGAAAACGAACUUCUUUACGGUCAAUCCUUCCCCAUGAGUGCAGAGGCUCAAAAGAACGAUUUCGUAAUCCCGUUUGGCAAGGCGAAGAUCGAGCGACCGGGCAAAGAUCUCACCAUUGUCACCCUCUCCCGAUGUGUUGGCCAGUCCCUCGAGGCCGCGGAAGUGUUGAAGAAGAAGUACGGCGUGGAUGCAGAGGUCAUCAACCUCCGGUCUAUCAAGCCAAUGGAUGUGGAGGCCAUCAUCAAAUCAGUCCAGAAGACGGGCCAUUUACUCGCCGUUGAGUCGGGAUUCCCUGCGUUCGGAGUGGCCUCGGAGAUUCUCGCACUGGCGGUCGAGUAUGGAUUCGAUUAUCUACAAGCACCCCCUGGGCGAGUGACGGGUGCGGAGGUGCCGACUCCCUAUGCCCAAAAGCUUGAGGAAAUGAGCUUUCCUCAGAUCGACACUAUCACCAACUAUGCUGCCAAACUCCUGAAGGUGUAA